GUCAAUACGAAAACAAGCAGCCCACCGACACCGGCAGCUUCAGCACCACACAAAAGCUAAAAGCAACUGCUCACUCAGCCCGUUUCUGCCAUUUUCUUCUGCAUAAACAUAUAAUUAUCACAGAGGGAGGAGCGUUGGUGCAGAUUGUCCAAGUCAAGCCAGUUCUAGAAAAGAAACGAGCCCUGAAAUAGGUGAAGGUGGGUUCCUUCACGUAAUUUAACAACCACACAAAAGCUAUAAGCAGCUGCUCACUUAGCUUGGUUUCUGCCAUUUUCUUCUGCAUAAACUUAUUAUUAUCACAGAGGGAGGAGCGCUGGUGAAAUGAAUUCCCCUUAUUGAAUCUCGUUUGGUCAAUUCUGAUUAAAGCACUCCAACCAACCCAACAAAUAUGAGACAGGUGGCACCAAAGAACCAUGGAAGCAUUCUCCUCUUUUAUUUCUUGUUUUCUUUUUAAUCAACUCAUUUUAUUGUAUCUUUGUGUUUUUGUUCCUCACGUUUCAAACUUCAAACAUCUUCAAUCUUUCUUUUCUCUCACAAACCAUCAUCUCCUUUCUCAAAAUGUAUCAUAAUGUUUUUAUGCCUACGAAAAAAGGUGUAUAUUUAGUUUUAAAUAUAUGAUCAUUUGAUUACUUACCACGUAAAUCGAUUUUCUAUUUUAAAUAUUUAGGAAUUGUAUUAUCUAAUUAAAGAAUUUAAAUAUUUUUAUCCAAAAGGGCAAAAUUAGUAUAAAAACAUUUAAUUAGAUUACUGAACUCACUCCUGAAAACAGCUUUUUUUUUUACCUAAAUCUAAAAGCACUUUAAAACUUAUUAUACAAUGAUGUCCUCAAGUGUAAUGUUAUUUUUCUAUUUGCUUCUUUACCGCAAGUGAGCAAAGUUUCGUACUUUCCAUCUUCUCAUAACAUGUUUAAGAGGAUCACAUUCAUCUUGUUGGUUGGAUUGCUGGCGUGGGCAUAUCAGGCCGCCCAACCACCACCUCCGAACAUCUGUGGUUCGCCUGGCGGUCCACCCGUCACAGCGCCUAGAAUAAGGCUAAGGGAUGGAAGAUUUUUGGCCUACAAGGAACAUGGUGUUCCAAAACAAGUGGCCAAGUACAAGAUUAUCUUUGUUCAUCCCUUCUUUAGUUCCCGACAUGAUCCAAUCAUUGCAACAGCCGUCUCUCCGGACGUUAUUGAAGAUUUAGGUGUGUACAUUGUGUCUUUCGACAGACCAGGGUACGGUGAAAGUGAUCCGGAUCCUAAGCGGACAACGAAGAGCUUGGCGUCAGAUAUAGAGGAGCUUGGUGAUCAGCUGGAACUCGGAUCCAAAUUUUAUGUGAUUGGAUACUCACUGGGAGGACAGGUCAUCUGGAAGUGUCUUCGGUACAUCCCUCAUAGGCUAGCUGGAGCAGCACUGAUCUCUCCGGUGAUCAACUACUGGUGGUCAGGACUUCCUGCCAACCUGUCAUCUUAUGCCUAUAAGAAGCAAGCUCCACAGGAUCAAUGGGCGCUUCGAGCUGCCCACUAUAUACCUUGGUUAACCUACUGGUGGAACACUCAGAAUUUCUUUCCUAAGCACCGCGCUUUAUCCGGGAAAGUAGAGAAUAUGUUUUCCCGCCAAGAUUGGGAAAACGUUAGGAAUGCAAAGGUUUCUGGAAGAGCAAAGCACAAGGAACAUGCCACGCAGCAAGGAGAAGCUGAGUCCAUCUUUCGCGACAUGGUAGUUGGAUUUGGGAGCUGGGAAUUUGAUCCUAUGGAUCUGCAGAACCCUUUUGCCAGCAACGAAGGCUCGGUCCAUCUGUGGCAGGGUGACGAAGAUAAGCUUGUCCCAGUUGAGCUGCAACGCUAUAUUGCCGAAAAGCUUCCAUGGAUUCACUACCAUGAGUUACCAGGUGGUGGACAUUUGUUGCCAGCUGCAGAUGAUAUGAGUGAAAUCAUUUUAAAGGCACUUCUAAUUAAAGAGUAGACCAUUGAUGUCGUCGAUACCGGGCAGCUCCAGAGAUGCUACAUUAUAUACAAAUUAUGUUCCAAGAGAAAUAUUUGUAACGUUACAAUUCAAAUAGGGGAAAUAAUGAGAGUCGAUUCGAAAUUA